UCAAAUAGUUGUCAUAGUUGUUUAACUUUUAAAGUCCAGUGAAGUCUCGUUUAUUUAUUAGUUUGUUAGCUGAGUUUGAUCGUAAUCGUUUUUCUUAAUUCAGCUCAAAAAAACAUAACAUUUUAAUCUAUAACUUUAUUAACUGUUAAUCAAGAUAUUUAUAAUCAACAAAAUAUGGAGAACAAUCCAAAAGUAUCCUAUUUAGUCGCUCGUGAUGGUAGCCUUUAUCUACGAAGAAAUCUUCCGAAACAACACCAAUUUAAUUUGAGAAGUGCGGAAUUUUCGACCAUUGAAGAAGAUGAAUUGCAGCAAUCACUUCCUAAGCAAGAACCCCAAUCACCCCAAAACAUUGAAAUUUUUUUACGUAUCAAAAAAGUUGAUUCCUUAGGCGAUUUUUAUGAAUUAGACGACAACAAAUUACAUUGCAUUAUUCCUGAAAACUCACACAGUAAUCGAAGUGUUCCUAAUGGACAUUGUCAAAAGAAAAUUUUCACUUUUUCACAUAUUUUUGGACCAAAUGUGCCUCAAGAAGAAGUUUUUAAUCAUAUUGUUAAGCCAAAAUUAGUUGAUUUUAUUAAUGGACGAAAUUCUACCUUGAUGACUUAUGGUGCAUCUGGAGCAGGAAAAACAUUCACAAUAGUAGGAUCAGGAGAAGACCCAGGUGUAAUUCCAAGAGCUUUAGAAUAUUUAUUUGGGUCAUUACCGCAAUUAUCCGAUUGUCCAAAAGUAAAACCAACGGUAACAGGGGCUGUAACAUCUUUAUCAUCGUCAUUAUGUGAUUUAGAGCGAACAACUCGAAAUUCGUUAUUGACUGCAUUAAAUUCGAUCGAAGAUAAACAGCAUAUUCAUACUUAUCAGCAAAUGCAAGAUCGAUUAAGUACUGUUCCUGUUGCGGAAAUAGAACAGUAUAAAGAUGUGUCAAUAGCUGUUUGGAUAUCGUUCGCCGAAAUCUAUAAUGAACAAGUCUUCGAUUUAUUGACUCCCCAAUCAAACAUGACCGCGAAAAGAACUAAAUUACAACUCGGUAAAACGGAAGAAAUAACUUACAUCAAAAAUUUAUCCAGCGUAAGUGUAACAAAUGGAUUAGAAGCCUAUAAAAUCCUACGAUAUGGAUUACAAAACUUAAAUUACGCUUCAACAGCGAUUAAUUCACAUUCAAGCCGUUCUCAUUGUAUUUUCACGAUAAAACUUGUACAAGCCCUCGAUGGUUUCGACGAAUCAUCGUCUUCCAACGAUUAUUGCGUAAGCUAUUUUAAUUUCUGCGAUUUGGCCGGAUCUGAAAGAUCUAAAAAAACUUUAAAUGCUGGUGAUCGUUUAAAGGAAUCUAAUAACAUCAACACAUCUCUUAUGAUUUUGGGGCGUUGUAUUAGAAUGGUGAGAGAUGCGCAAGCUAGGAAUGAUAAUAAUAAAUUAAUUCCAUACAGAGAGUCGAAAUUAACGAUGUUAUUCCAAAGGGCUUUGUCUGGGAAAGAGGAUAUUGCAAUGAUUGUUAAUAUAAAUCCGUGCUUGCAAAUGUUUGACGAAACUCUGCACGCGUUAAAUUUUUCGGCAAUCGCACAAAAAAUCACAAUGUGUACCAAAAAAGAACAGACAUUACCUGCGCGUGAAGGAUCUAACGAUAGAUUGGAGAGACUCGAAGAAGAAAAUGAAAGAUGUAAAAGUUUACUUAUCAAAUUAUACAAUGAAAUUGAAGAUGAGAAACAAUUACAACAAGAAACCAUUGAAAAACAGAUAUUAGGCUAUCGAACAAUAAUAAAUCAAAUUGAAGAAAGUUGUGAAUCGCGGAUUGCUAGGAUGGAAGAAAGGUGGAAAAAUAAGAUUAAAAGAGUGGAAGAGAAUCUCCAAGAGGAACAUCAAAUAGCUUUAGAGAAUUUACGCGAAGAAUAUGAACGCGAAGGCGGCCGAAUUAAAAGGUUUAAGAGUUCUUCGUCUGUUAUUAAUUUAGAUAGUGAUAGCGAGAAUGAGGAUGAUGAGGAAAAGUGUGAUAAAGAUGAAACGUUGAAGGCCCGAUUAAAUGAACUAAAUAAUAAGGUUAAUGAGUUACAAGCAGAAUUAACCAAAACGAAAUUCGAAAAAAGUGUUAUGGAACAAGAAUUAAGAGAGAAAAAUGAGGAGCUUCAGGAACAAGUACAACAAUUAACGAUGCAAAUGUUACCUUUGAAUGAUGCAAAUAUGAGUUUUUUUAAUUGAUUAAUUUAAUGUGAUUUUUAACUGGUUAUUUAAUAAGAUAUUUUCAACAAUUAA